AAGUUCUGUUUGAGAAAAAUGCUUAAGAAAAUGUGAUACCUGAUUUAUUUAGCAAGAAACGAUCUAGCAAAAACGCAUGAAACAUGGCGAUUAUAGCGCGAGUCAUCUGCUACAAACUAUUUAAGGGCGGAAGUGCUGCCCACUUGCGUCUGAAGCUCGUUCUUGCCAUUUCCGUGCUGUACUUACUUUUUAGACCCUGGAUAUCCUGGAAAGGUUAUAGCGGCGGUAGCGGUGAUUAUGCACUGGGGUUUAACUCCACAGCAGGUUCUGUCUACGAGGACAUACACAUGAGCAUGACGAGCUUAACAGGAUUCUUGAAUGCAUUGAAAGUGGACACGGAAUCUGAGAUCAUACAUGUUGUUCCAGCAGUACUAGUUGGUGAGCGUGUCCCCAACUGUGGUUUGCCCGAACCAUGCGCCAAUGACUCCUUUGCGGUCCACAUCUUUACUGGCAAGGACCACCAUGACCAGCCAAGGCUGUGUGUCGAUGGAAAGUACAUCCUUGGAGCCAACCUGAACAGCGGUGGACGGGGCAUGAAUGUGGCAAUCAUCGAUAGCAUCACACGAUUUGUGCAGCAUGUCAGCCACUUUGACACCUACGAAGAAGACUCAUCUCAACUUGAGACACUUCUUCUGAACCUGAGGCAAGGAGAUAUCCUGAUUCUCCUCACGUUUGAUGAACCCACGCGCAAGCUUUCGCAGAUUGCCAGGCUGCUCCUUCAUGAACUUGGCAGUGCAAUGGCACAGAACCUGCAUUACCGCUCCUCGUGGUACUUUAUCACUCAGAAAGGCAUAUCUGGGUUCUCACCUUAUGAAGAUCUACACUUUGUAGAGGCGAAAGGCUGGGCCAUCCCCCAUGACAUUCGAUUCUGCAUACCGUUUCAGAUGUCCGGGAGAAGUAUUCACCCGGACCCCAGGCCUCAGGAGAACUUGGCCAGAAGACACUUCUGUAAAAAAUACCAACACUUCCCCUCAUUCUGUUCAGGCGACGUCGUGGACAAUCCGCUUUCUCCCAACCCAAGCGUGAGAUCUCCAAGCAGCAAAAUCUUUUCGACGCCUGUCAUUGUAAUGAGUGGAGAAGACGUUCGUCACUUGCCAUUAACACUAGAGACUCUUGUGAUGCAGCCUGGGAUAAAUCCACAUCGUGUUGUGGUGUUCUACCUUCCUGAGAACCCAGAAGUGAAAGAACUCUGUGAUCUGUUUGAGUUUGCAGCAGAGCAGAUAGACACUGCUAAAAUCGGCAAACCAUGUGACCAGUUCACUGAAGCAUUCGAGUUUGCAAAGCACCAGUUUCCAGAUGCCGCACAUUUUGUGGUGAUCGAAGAAGGUGUUUUGCUGGGACCUGAUUUCCUGGCUUACCUCGGUCAGCUUCUUCCGCUGCUGGAGAUGGAUUCCACCAUAAGCAGCAUUUCAGCGUGGAAUGACAAUGGUUUUCAGGGUGUGUCUGGAAACAACAAAAGAAUGUUUCGCAUUGAGAGUCUUACCGGCAUGGGCUUCCUAGUGCGAAGAGGUUUUACAGCCCAGACUUGGUGCGAGCGUCGCUUUGUACCCGAGGGGUCACCGAGCGGCGGCGAUACAAUUUCACCAGAUGUCUCCAGAGUGAUGCGAAUCUCGGAUCUCAUUUAUGAUGAUGAGACUCCAUUCUCAGAUGCCAUUGAAGCACUGCUGUCACGUGAGAGAGUCACAGAUAUGGAGCUUGGAGUUACCAUUGAAGGUGUGGAGACUCUUGAGCGUUCACACUAUGAGAAGGUGGUGCAUAAUAUGCUGAGCACCAGUGAGACGUGGGCACUCAUUCAGCGAUACCUUGCACUCUGCAGUGCUGGAUCGUGGCUUCCCCACCUGUCUAGUUCAACGGCAUCAAACAGGCCUGCAAUCAGCAUCUACUUUCACCAAGCAUCGAAAGAUGACUUCGAAACUUUGCGUGCACUUUGCUCAUGUUUUGGCCUUUACCACCAUCCAAAAUUUUCGCCAAGAGGACUGUAUCGUGGAAUGCUGAGGUUCACUUGGAAGGGGCGUGACAUGUUCCUAAUUGGACGUUACUCACCAUACUACAAGUACAAGCCAAAAAAUAUGAGCCCUGUAUCACUGCGCAUUGCUACCUCGGGAUAAAACUAUCUGUGAAGCCUGUAGGAUGGAUUAUUGGUGAAACAAAGAAUGUUUCAUUGCUAAUAAAGUUUAUAUGAUUAU